AUGGAAGAUUCAGCCUUAUCUCCUAAUGAUACUUAUUCCAGUAUUUCAACACCAAGUAAACCUGGAACAGAAAUAGUCUGUGAUACAUAUUCUACUGACGACCAUUGGGAAGCUGUAAAGCUAAAUGAAAAUCAAAGAGCUUGGCAAUGCCGCCAUUGUAAAAAACAGUAUUCAAUAAAAACCAGCAAAACGCACUUAAAAGAACAUGUUACUUUGCGAUGUCCUAAAUCUCCACUAUCCAAGACUCAAAUCAAAGCAUUUCCUAAGAUUACAAAAAAUGAAAUGGAUAAGUCAAUAGUUGACUUGGUUGUUAGUACAGGAAUGUCCUUUAAUAUUCUUGAUAAUCCAUUGUUUCAUCAAGUGGCUAGAAAUCUUCAUUAUGUUAAAUAUUCAUAUAAAAUUCCACACUCAACAACAAUACCACAACACCUUAUGGAAAAUAUAUUCAAUUUAAGAUUUGACUUUAUUAAGAAUAUAUUAGCAAAGUUUCCUGGAUGA